CGAUUGAUCUCACCACGCACAACGCCCCAUGCGAAAUGAUAGGAAUCCACGUAGGAUAGAACGGUGCUAGAUCCUGCACAUCACGCAUACGACGAUGAAAGGUCUAUGUACGAAGCCUUUUCCAAGUAUAGAAGAGUGCAGCUGCAUAGUCCAGUACAUGAAGGUCCGCUGGCGCAAACUGCAAAUUUUUCGGGACAAAUUUGAUGAGGGAGUGGGAUUGGACAGGCAUCCACGUGGCGUCCACAUGGGCUUUGCGGGCCUUGCUUUCGACCAGCCCUGGUCCAGAUCCGCGUCCCGGAGUGCCCGACGUGAGCCCUGUUUGGUGCUGUCACGUCUGGACGCCAUGAACUCUAUCACCUCUCGGCGAGUGUGCGGCGGGACGGUGGUGCUAUCAUUUCGGAACAUCUUCGUAUGCAAUUAUCGCCUUGACAAAUUUGUCCGCGAACCUUCGCGUAUUCCUCCUACUCAACUCGGCUGGUCGGCCGAGCUUUGCAUCUGUCGUAAAAGGUUCGGCUCCGAAGACGCGAUCGCGGUACGGAGCUCCUCCUGCAGCCGACGUAUCGCUUCAAUCUCGAUCGACGUCUCUUGCACAAUCUUGUGCAUAUCCCGAGCCAAAGUUGAGUCGUCAAUGAGAUGCGCGUCGUUUUCUUUUAAUCGUUCGAACAGAGCCUGAAGGCUGGUAUAGAUAUAACGCCAAACUGCAGGGCUUUGGUUCUGAAGUCCGGCUACUGCGUGAACGGCACGCGACACGGCGGUCGUGAGCUCCUGACUGGAUGAUGUCU